UCCCUUUGAAAAAAAAACACACACACCCUCCCAAAAAAUUUUUUUUAAAAUGCACACACAUUUUUCCUUGCUGAGGAACACCCAGACCAGGAGGCGGAGAGGACGGGGGUGAGCAUCACCGUUCUGCAAAAAGAUCCAAGUUGGGAAACAGAUCAAGGGGCAGGAAGCAAAAUAAACGUUGCGUCUCUAGAAUGUUAAUGGGGGAAGCCCUUCGCACCACGCAAAGCUGGAUGGCUUCCCAUAAUUCGGAAAGGAGUGUCUUGAAGUGAGUGGCGAAGCCCGGAGGGGUUUGUUUCUUCAGUCAAGAAACGGAGGACUGGGAAAUCCUUAAGUGGAUGCGGUCAUCGCCUGCAUCUCUUGGACCCGACCCGUCAAGUCUUCAACCGAUGUUGAGGACUUUCCAUCAGAGGUUAAGAUGUCCGUACCAAAAAUCCAGGUAGAAGGAAAUCUGGACCAUGGAGAUGCGGAGGUUGAGGGCAGUCCGCCUUCUGAUGACCAUCUGAGGAACCUCAAAGCGUUGACCCAGAAACUGAGAUUGGAAACAAGGAGACCAUCUUAUUUAGAAUGGAAGGCCCAACUGGAAGGGUUGACAUGGAAGAGCCACCCGCAAACUCCGGAGAGGGAAGAGGACGGCCGCCACGAGAAACCAAAGAAACAGGAAAGUCUUCCCUUGAGAGAUGCACAAGUUCAUCGUAUCAACGGAGGCUCUUCCAAACCGCAAGUGGUGCUGGCCCCGGAAAAAAUCGGUCAUUUCGGAAACAUUGAUGAAGCUUUACAUUGGCUUAGGAAUGAACUGAUGGAAAUGCGCCUCCAGGACCAGCAGCUGGCCCGGCAGCUGAUGCGCUUGCGCAGCGACAUCAACAAACUGAAGAUUGAGCAGACGUGCCACCUCCACCGGCGCAUGCUCAACGAUGCCACCUAUGAGCUGGAGGAGAGGGACGAGCUCUCUGACCUUCUCUGCGAUUUCCCCCUCACGUCCUCCUUCAGCCUGUCUGCCCCACUCAAGCUCAUUGGCGUGACGAAGAUGAACAUCAACUCCCGAAGGUUCUCGCUUUGUUAGAGGAAGUGAAGGGAAGAGGCACAGGAAGGACAAGCUUGCCGCCUUCCUCUGCCUUGUGGGACGAAACGUGCGAGAGUCAAGAACAAGGAGAGAGGAGAACAUGCCACGCAUGACUGCUCCUUCUGCAAACCUCCCAUGGCUGGGCUUUGGGGGUGAUCACUUUCCGGUGGGCUUUGGUGGAAGUUGUAGGACGAACCAAAGAGGCCACCUCAAAGUCAGAAGACCAGGCACCACCUCAUCUAAGACUUGCAGUCAGAAACACCACCUGUGGUUGGAAUAAUGAUGUGGUGAGCGAUAUGGUGUGUUGGACUAUCCUUAAUUGUGGCCAAGAAAGAUGGUGAUGCACACCGUUGGUCAUGAAGCCACUCAGCUCUUUCAGACUGGACAAUAAGAAGAAGAAAGGAAGAGCAGGCAGUGAGAAAUUUGUUGCUACUGUGAAGAGACACGACUUUCCAUCUUACGGGACAUAAGGGUUGAAAAUUUGUCAGCCAAUAUUCUCAACACACCUUUUUUAAUCAGUUGUCGUCUCAAACAUGGAGGCAACUUCUUGAUUUGCUUUGUUGCCUUAGACUUGCCUGUCACCAAGAUGGUCAACCUGUUUCUGGGCUGUAACUCAUGUAGCAGAUGUGGGGGGUGGUAACCCCGACAGGAAUAUUCACACAUGGGGGGCUGGAGUUCAUGAAGGCACCAAAUCCAUGCUAGGGUAUCUUUUGACCAUUGCAGAACAUCCUUGGGAUGCCAAACUCAAGUUAGCAAAAUAAGUUCAGUCUCAUGGACGGCACCUUUAAACUUCAGACUAAAACCCGUAGGGCCCUGUGCCCAUGGUUGCUCCCAUGAUAGGUGAAUAAACCUUUCCAAAUUACAAGGUAGCAUUUCAGGGAUACACCCCCAUGCCACCGCGCAAGCACUGGUCAAAAAUACUAUUAGGACGUUACACCGUCACAAGUGAAGUCAUGCAAGUUUCAGUUGCUCGUUGAAGCUAACAAUAAGGUGCUGCUCGCAUUCCUGAUUGGAUUGUGUGAUCGGGUACACAACCAGAAAUGUAACCAGCCUUCUGUCGUUGGUUUCGUUCAGCCACCACAAGUUGGAGAAAUUUUCUGGCCCCUGCAUCAGAUCUUUCUAGGAGUUUGUCCCAUGUGUGUGUAGUGUGAGAAAGAAAUAAAGAAGAAGUUCCGAGAGAGCUCAACCAUC